AUUGUCAUAACAAACCGAUAAAUGUGCACACAGUCUGACUAACCUUUCAAUUUUUUUUAAUGAAAAUAUAAAGUGAAAAAAUCAACUAUGAUUCGAAAUAUUUCCGUUCGUAGUUUUUACACAAGUUGUACGCACUUGAAAAAGGGUCCAAGCAAAGCCAAAAGUCAUAGUUCACACCAAUGGCUGACACGACAGAUGACUGAUCCGUUUGUGGAAUUAGCCAAAAUGAAAAAUUAUAGGUGUCGAAGUGCAUUCAAAUUGCUUGAAAUAAAUGAGAAAACCAAAAUCUUACAACCCGGUCAAACAGUCAUUGAUUGCGGAGCAUCGCCGGGUUCGUGGACGGAAAUAGCAGUGAACGAAACUAAUGCCAAUGGGAAAAUGAAGAACAAACCAAAGGGAUUUGUUAUCGGUAUUGAUUUGCUAUCGAUUCAUCCCAUAGAGGGCGCUCAUUUGCUAAGCCAUUCAGAUUUUACUCUCACAAAGACCCAAGAUCAAAUUCGAGAACUUUUGAAAGGACGAAAAAUCGAUUGUGUACUCUCUGAUAUGGCACCCAAUUCAACUGGUGUUCGAAGUUUGGAUCAAGACAAAAUUAUGGACUUGGUAUACAAUGUCUUACGGUUUGCCAUUUUAAUGUCAUCCGAAAAUGCCAGCCUCUUGGUCAAAAUUUGGGACAAUGGAAAUGUGAAGAAAUUCGAAGAGAUUGCACUUCGUUAUUAUAAAACUUUCAAACACAUAAAACCAGAAGCGUCGAGAAGCGAUUCAGCCGAAAAAUUUCUCCUGGCCAAAGACUUUCGAGGACUUGAAAAUAUUACCAAUUCCAGCUCUAACUAGUUUUAUAUCUGAACACGUACGUUUCUAAACAAGUAGAAAAUAAAUAAGGACUUCACUAUCAUUGUUAUUUAUAUUUUUUGAGACCAAUAAAAAUAU